UCUCGCGUUGUUUCGGCAGGAUCUCUCGUGUAUCCGCCAUCCUUGUGGCUCUUUGCAGAAGGGCACGAAGAGGCCGAAACAAGGUGCCCGGUGUGUGAAGAACUAGGCACUUCAUCUUUCAACAUGUUGUCCAGGAUCAUUUUCAUCCCAGCCAAUGUCCUGAAAGGCAGUGGCCCCCUUGGAGCUGGUCUGGUCCAGGCGUCCCGCUCCCUGCACACAUCAUCCCAGAAUCUGGCCCCUGUUCCCCCUCUGCCAGAGAAAGGAGGCAAAGUCCGUCAUGGCAUCUUCCCAGAGGAGUUGUUCCAGCUCCUGUACCCCAAAACUGGAGUCACAGGGCCCUACAUGUUGGGUACUGGCCUCCUCACCUACUUGCUUUCCAAGGAAAUCUACGUCAUCAACCAUGAGACCUUCGCCGCUCUCUCCAUUGGUGCUGCCAUCAUCUAUGGUGUGAAGAAAUUUGGUCCAAGUGUAGCAGCUUUUGCUGACAAAUUGAAUGAGGAGAAAGUGGCCAAGGCUCAGGAGGUGAAGGACGUGGCCAUGACCAGUCUGGCUGAGGCCAUCGAGGAUGAGAAGAAGGAGCAGUGGAGAGUUGAGGGAAGAGGAAUGCUCUUUGAUGCUAAGAGAAACAACGUGAACAUGCUGUUGGAGACCAACUACAGAGAGAGGCUACACAUGGUAACAAAUGAGGUGAAGAGGCGCUUGGAUUACCAGAUAGCCCUGCAGGACCUCCACCUCAGGAUGGAGCAGGAACACAUGGUCAACUGGGUGGAGAAGAGCGUCAUCAGCAGCAUCACGCCUCAGCAGGAGAAAGAAAGCAUCGCUAAGUGCAUCACAGACCUGAAGGCUCUGGCUAAGGCCACUCAGGCCAAAGCGACCGCUUAAUCCGUGACGUCUUCAGAGAAGGCUGUUCUAGUUUCCAACCCAUUGACCUGAGAGGAGACGCCCACUUUUCUUUACAGAAUAAACUAUUCCCUCUUUAAAGAUGUCUCUGUCAAUAUUAUGGGUGUGUACAGUAUUUACACGUCAGCUGAUGGUAAAAUAAAUGGUUCUCUUAUUCACACACUA